AUGAAUAAUCGGCAAGUUGUUCAAGAGAUUGAACGCGACUAUCGAAUGCCAAACCCCGGCACCGUAUCACGGCCAUGCCCGGACGACCUGUAUAAUAUAAUGCUGAAAUGCUGGGAUGCUCGCCCGAGCCAACGGCCCACCUUUCGCUCAUUGCACGAAAUAUUCGAGAACUGGUCUACUCACGUUGAAGGCCAAUAUUUGGAUAAUUAG